CUUUAAUUUCAUUGAUCUCACAUCCACUGAUUUCUUAUCCCGAGGAGAAUACACAUAAUAUACAAAAUCAAAUCUUUGUUUGGAUUAUGAUUCAAGUUAAGUCAUUCAUAUCCUUUUUUCACCCAAAUACCUACUCCAAGUCUUCAACAAUGCAAACCAAACUGCAAUCCAUCCAUGCACCACCUCAUCUCAAAACUCCAAACAAAAUAGUUAGCACAUUAAACCAAAACAACCAAACCAACCAACAACCAUCAGCAGGCAAAAUUAAACGUCUCGUUCUAACACAAGAAGGUAGAACCAAACUCAACCUUUACCAAGAUAAAGAGUUUUAUGCAAAUCCGCGCCUCGUGACUCAUGUCGAUGAUGGAUUCAUUUCUACACUAACAAAUCUUUACAGAGAAAGGUUGAGACCUGACACUGAAAUUCUUGAUCUCAUGAGCUCUUGGGUUAGCCAUCUACCAAGUGAUGUCAAAUACAAAAGAGUAGUUGGGCAUGGGAUGAAUGCGCAAGAGCUUGCAAAGAAUCCAAGGUUGGAUUACUUUGUUAUAAAGGAUCUCAAUAAAGAUCAACUGUUUGAAUUUGACAGCGGUUCUUUUGAAGCAGUUCUGUGCACUGUUAGUGUGCAGUAUCUCCAACAACCAGAAAAGGUAUUUGCAGAGGUAUUUAGGUUGCUAAAACCAGGAGGGGUGUUCAUAGUGAGUUUUAGCAACAGAAUGUUUUAUGAGAAAGCCAUAAGUGCAUGGAGGGAAGGAACUGCUUACAGUAGGGUUCAGUUUGUUGUUCAGUACUUCCAAUCAGUGGAAGGUUUCACUGAGCCAGAGGUAAUUAGAAAGCUUCCAGCACCUAAUGAUGGAGAAAACUCACCAGCUGGCUGGAUCAUGAAGCUCUUUGGAUUGUUUUCAGGGUCAGAUCCCUUUUAUGCAGUUAUUGCUUAUAGAAAUUUUAAGCCAAUAUAUGAUAAUUGAAUGGGAGGCUUGAUGUGAAAGUAGAAUUUAAUUAAUAACAAUCUAUGAAGUCUGGACUCCGACACGAACAGUCCGAUAAUGUAAAAUAUAUAGGACACCAACACGUUUAUAUAUAUUUGUUUAUCUAUUAUUUAAAGAGUUUAAAAUAUUCUAAUCAAAAUUAAUGUCUUUAAUUCUCCAUUGAUAACAAUACUUCAAUAUAUAUUUGAUCAUUUUAAAUGCAUGAGAUUUGUUGAAGAAAUGUAUAAGAUAUUUGUGUGAAUGUCAUAUGAGUGACAGACACCUAUUUAAAGAGUGUCAAAUCAAAGAAAAAUAACCAUUUUUUGGGAGGAUAUUGUCU